AUGCAUUCGCCAGCUUCCGCGCUUCCUUCCGGCUACUCAUCCUGGGAAAAGAAGCGCAAAGUGGCUCGCAGAGCCUGUUUGGCAUGCCGAGAGAAAAAAAUAAAAUGUGACGGCGAGGUUUUGAACCAGGGACCGGGACCUAGCGGAUCGUCGGAAGCGAUGUGUACCAACUGCGCCAACUCGGGUACGGAGUGUGUUUUUGUCGCAAGUCUCCGGGGUGGUCGUCGAGUGCCUAAGAAACCUCAGCACCAAGAUCUCUACCAUCAUUGGAAAGGGCCUCCCCAUGCGGGCCCUCCCCCAGGACACCAGUUCUACCCUUAUUCACACCCACCCCAUCCACCUCGUCCGCACCCCCAUCACCAUCACCACCACCACCACCAGCAUCACCGCUCUUUUGAGGGUGGACCUGGCUCUCCACACCACCAUUUUCCUCCACCGCCUUUUUCACCAAAUCAUUUCCCACCGCACCAUUUUCCACCACAUCAUUUUCCUCCACACCAUUUUCCACCACCUCCCUUCCAUCAUCACAAUAGUUAUCGGUACCCCGAUCCGUAUAGCGAUUCUCGCGGUUUUACUGGGUUUUCACCUCCACCACAUGGCUCACCCAGCUCCAGUGCCCACGAGCAAUCCAGAAAGUCCCAGAUGUUUUACGACACACAUGAUUAUUCACGAGACUAUCCUAUAUCUCGUAAUGAGGCCUUGGAUUUGGGCUCUAGCUCCAAAUCUGAGUCGUCUGUUACCAAUUCAUACAUUGAUAGACCUACCGCGAGUGGUUCAGAAAAAAUGGUACCGUCUUUGGCCAACAUAUUACACGCGUCCGAAGACUCUUCCCAACGUCCUCGUUCUACAGAUGUUACAUCUAUUUGUUCAAGUGCAGUGGACUCUGUGGCGGACGCGCCUAGCAAGCAGUUCACCGUUAACAGUUUUACCGACAACGAUUUACAAGCGUACGGGUUUCCAACUUGGAAUCACUGCUAUAAGGGAUUCAAGUCAUUUUACGAAAAUGUACACCCGCAGUUCACUUUAUUAAACAGUGAAUCCCAAUAUUUGCAACAGUUUACUCCGAGUAACAACACUGCACUAUCGCAUGCCAUUCUCGUUUGCAGUUCCUCAUAUUUGAAAAAAGAUAGGCACUCUGUUAAGUCAUUCCACCUCAAGAUGGUAGACCUACAUUGGGAAAAACUGGAUCUAUUGUCUUCACUUCAAACAUUACUAUUAUUAGCGUUCUUCCACUUGAGAUUUGCCUCCGAUCGGGAGCUAACUGAAAAAUGUCUCACGAAAGCGAUCAGGCUUGCAUUCCAUUCAAAAAUUUACUCCAGCUUCGCGGAAGAAGACUUGGAGGAAUUAUUAACCGUCUCUCCUCAAAAGGUACGACAGCAACAGGAGUCAUAUCUGAUGAUUUUAUGGAAGCUAUUUUUCACCAUUCACAGCGGCAGGAUGUAUUUCGCUGAUGCAACAUUUUGCUCAAAUAUAAGUUCUUUGAAUUCCAGAAUGUAUAAUUUGGAGGACCUUAUAUUUCCGAGGACACUUCCCUACCAUUCGAUGGGAUUUCAAAACAUUGAUGAAAUACAAAUUCCGACUGCAUCCGUGAAACGCAGAACCAUUUGGAAAGAAUCUGGCGGGUUUAAUACAGCUGCGAAUCUGCUUGCUGCAAUAGAUUUGAGAAGAGAAGCAAAUGUGUGUGUCGAUAAAGGCAAACUCGCAUCCGAAAAAGUACUGGUUGAGGAGAUUGUCAAUAAGACACUCCUCCGUAAGUGGGGCGAGGUGGUGUUAGUGGAUUUCCUUACCUUGGAGGCAAAGACAGUACUGUUAACCACACACUUUGAAGCUUUGUUGUUACGUUAUCCUUUGAUAUCGUGCUUUUGCUCACACAGCAUGAAAUCAUGUUCACUUCCAGGAGCUUACAUGAACGAGUCUCAGGUUGCACUAAAUGGUGACUUUCUGAAACGCUUCGAAAUAGAUUUGCCUGGACUAUUGGAAUUAUUUCUGAUUAUCCAAGAUUGUGUUGCUCUGCUUCAUCUCGCUGACUCCACUUUAGUGAACUGGACAGAACUUGUUUCAGACUCACAGAUUAUUAUGAGUACAUCAAAAUAUGUCAGCUUGGCUGUGGAAGAAUCUACGGAUUCUCAUUUAGAACCUUUGCUCGCUAGCAUGCGUGAGCAUUACCCUUACGAACAACUGCAUAUUACGCGGGAUCCCUCACUACAAGCUAGCAGCAUUUCGAGACAAAGCCCAGAUCCAUCGCAAAGACGAGAAAUUUGGCAGCAUUACCCACUACUUUUGCAAAAGCUAAUAUGUCUUGUUGUACCUUUACAAGGACUCCUCCUCGCGUUCGGCAAGGGCUCAAGAAUCUCAGAAGAGGAUAGUGGCCUAAAUUUGUUAUAUUCUCAUGGCUCACAAAUCUCCUCAUUGGGGCUUCCAACUUCUAACCCCCUUGAGUUUGAUUUCUUACAAUCCCUAAGAUUCAAUACUGAUGCUAUUGAUAUCACCAAUGAUGGCAGAAGUAUAUCACUCCUAAACAGAUUGUGUGACUCGGUAUACAUGGCAAAUGACUUUAAAUUAUGUUUGGAGUUCCUUAACCUAAGCGGAGCGGUACUUGAAAAUUGUUCUAAUUUGAGAGCCAACAUCGAAAUUUUGGAGGACUGGUUGGAAACUUUAAUUCCCAGUUCCUGA